AUGAGUGCAAAGAAACGGAAGUAUCUUGAAGAAUAUAUUCGAUUUGGAUUCGUGUCCCUCCAAAAGAGUGACACAGAAGUCCCCCAGUGUGUGAUAUGUUACAAGACUUUGGGCCAUGAUGGAAUGCGACUCUCACGCUUGGAACGUCACUUGAGGACAACACAUCCUACCCUUGCCGACAAUCCCAAGUCAUUCUUUGAAACAAAAAGACAUUCCUUGAAGCAAGCUAAGUUGGACGAUAGUGAAGUAUUUCGGCAACAAACUUCAAUGGUCAUUGAGACUUCCUGUGAGAUCACCAUAUUGAUUGCAAAGAGUAAGAAGAGCCAUAACAUCGGAGAGUCUCUCAUAAAAUCAAGUCUACUUCGUGCAGCAGAACUCGUUUUGGGAAAAGAUAAUGCAAGCAAGCUUUCCUAG